AUGCAGGCAAUUUUGAACCGAGUAGACAAUUUUACAAAGCGCGACGCAGACGCACUCAGAGCUUUCAUGUUACAUGAUCCCAAGCGCGCUUGGCUGGAUCGCAAGAGACAUCUAGUGCGUAAGACAGGCGUCAAUAUUUUGGCCAAGUUAUGGAUCAGGUCAAAACGGCUGAGGGCUCUCAAAGCAAUAUAUCUCAAAAGGACUCUCGCGCCAACAUCCAAUAUGUAUACGCGGGAUCUUCCCAAAGGACAAAUCCGAUUACUGCAGAUCAAUCCAGGUCAUUCGUUGAGCACAAUUGAGUGUGCAUUUAUGUAUGUGGAUUUGCAAGAGAACGCAGAUUAUGUGGCUCUCUCAUACACCUGGGGUUCAGCAACCCCCUCGAUCCCCAUACUGGUCAACGGAGCCGUUACAAUGAUUACAGACAAUCUUUAUAUGGCGUUAUUACACCUUCGCAAGGGUAAGGUACCAAGAGUUUGGGUAGAUGCCCUCUGCAUCAAUCAAACCAAUACGACGGAACGAUCAAUUCAAGUCAGCCAAAUGGCUGAAGUAUAUCAAGGAGCAAGCAUGGUUUAUAUCUGGCUAGGGGAGAGUAACGAACUGACCAGGCAGGCCUUUGAAGAGCUCUACAAAAUGACUCAGCACAUCGGAUGGGACAACAAAAUCCCAGCUGCACAUUUCUAUACCGACCAGGCACGUUCAGGGUGGACAGCCAUAUGCGAGCUUCUGUAUAGGCCAUGGUUCCGCCGCGUAUGGAUCAUCCAAGAAAUACUUUGCGCCCGGCACGCUCUGUUCGUCUGCGGCGCAGACUUUCUUGAAGCGAAUACCUUCCUGGCAAUCAUCAAUUCUAUGCUUGAGACAGAAGCACUUCCGAGAAUAAUGUCGUUCCAUGCGAAAAAGACGGAGUUGGCAAAUGGUACGAAGAGGACCGCUUUACAACAGCUUGACUUCAUGGUGCAAGCUCGGACUAGGUCGAUAAGUCCAUUGACGUUGACGGAUUUCAGAGGUAAUCUUCUGGAUUAUCUUUCGCAGACACGAUGGGCCGAGGCUACGAAUCCGCAGGACAAGAUCUAUGGCAUACUGGGUCUUGCAAAGGAUGCUUCGAAUUUGGGCUGGUAUGAGGAAAAGAAACACCAUCGACGAGUCCGACGCCAUCAGAUUACGUACCAGCCAUUGGUGUGGGUACCUUUUAAAGUGGAUUACGCCGUGUCGCCCGCGCGAGUCUUCAUCAAUGUUACCAGAGCUAUUAUCCAUAAGACACGGUCUAUCGAAGUCUUGAAAUUUGUCGACAAUAGAACUGCUCGUUCGACUCAGCUUCCGUCCUGGGUACCGAACUGGGGCGAUAGUUCACCUCCGCGUACUUAUCAUGUACCGUUCGACCACGAGCAGCGGGGACGAAAUUUAGAAAGUCCAGAAGUGUGGCGCCCUAUAAAACAAGACGACUUUAGCGAUGCUAAACUUGAUCGUACAAGAAUGAUGAUCAGUAACCGCAUCACUGAACGUUGUUCAGCUGUAUUUUCCUUUGGACCAGACGACGCCUUGACAAUAAAAGGACUCGAGUUCGAUAAGAUUACUGCUCUUUCCACUCACGUCCAUCCACCAGCCAUCGACCUCACACUGGAGCCCGGGAUCGGAGAGAUGUUUGCCGUCAGAGACUACAUGGUACGAUUAAUCCAGUGGAUUGAGCAAUGUGUGCAGCUAUUUGAAAGUCAUAAGCCACGUCCCACACUCGAAGAGACGUGGACGGUGUUCAAGAAAAUCUUGUACCAAGAAGAAGUUAAUGGCAGCGAUGAAGCUGGGCUUGAAUGCUUCGAUGAUCUCCUUGCAUCAUUGACAAAGGCCGUUGAUGCAAUCGCAAUAGAGAUCAGAGUCCAUCAGCUUAAAGAAGACGAGCCACUUCUAGAUGUCCUGAGGAGUACCGCCAAUGUCCAGCAUGGAUCAGAAUCGUGUCUUGAUCGGCUCCCGCCAGCAAGCUUAUUCCUUUCGAAUCGGAGGCUUGCCAUCACAGCGAACAAAUACAUAGCCCUGGUACCAGAAGAUGUAAAUGUCGGUGAUGCCGAGGUGUUCCCAGAUCUCUGUGUCCAAGAGAUCCGAUUGGCACAGGAUGCGGUCGUUCUCUGGGGCGAUUCCAACACUAUUUGGCCAGAUCUGAGCCUGACAGCGUCGUGGAUCUUCGAUAAGACAGUUCCCUUGGACCAAAACGACCCGGUGGUAUCGCUAUUUGUCAAGGUCAAGGUCAAGUGUGCAGACAUCAUGCCCGAUGAAGACGGAACCCCAUUCUUUACUGUACUGCAGAGUUUUCGAGAAUUUAGAUCGACAAAUCCAAGAGAUAAGGUGCACGGCUUGCUUAAACCUAUUUCGCCUAGAUCUGAAGUAGACGUGCUGAGGAUGGAUUACAACCUGAGCGUCGCUCAAGUGUUUGCAGAAACAGUCCUUACUGACAUAGACCUGUAA